UCUUUCACGCAGCCAUGUGAACCCACCUUUUGCAGAGUCCCCACACCUCGACUCACCUGCCUGUAUAUAAACCCAACUCCUGUGAACAUUCAACUAGACUCAAAAUCCAAGAUGGGUCUUAGGUGCCAUUUCUUGGUUUCUUUUAUUUUUCGAGUUAUACUUGUGAUUCUCUUUCUCUUGGAGGAAGCAAAAGCACAGCAACACUUCUACAAUGUGAGCAGAUUGAGAGGGAGAAAGCAAGUGAGUGGUUGCAAUUUGUUUCAAGGAAGAUGGGUCAUUGAUGCUUCUUAUCCUCUUUAUGAUUCUUCAGGUUGUCCCUUCAUAGACGCUGAGUUUGAUUGCCAAAAAUAUGGCAGACCUGAUACUCAGUAUCUCAAGUACUCUUGGCAACCUGAAUCUUGCAACUUACCCAGGUUCAAUGGUGUAGAUUUUUUGAGGAGGUGGAGAGGGAAGAAGAUAAUGUUUGUGGGUGACUCACUGAGUCUGAACAUGUGGGAAUCAUUGUCCUGCAUGAUUCAUGCGUCGGUGCCCAAUGCCAAGGCCACCUCUGUGAAGCAAGAUUCACUUCAUUCUGUGACCUUUGAGGACUAUGGAGUAACUCUGUUCGUGUACAGAACACCAUACUUGGUUGACAUAGUUCGAGAAAGUGUUGGGAGAGUACUAAAGCUGAACUCCAUUGAAGCUGGUAAAGCAUGGAAAGGGAUGGAUUUGCUCAUCUUCAACUCCUGGCAUUGGUGGACUCAUACCGGAAAAUCUCAACCAUGGGACUAUGUGAGUGACGGAUCAGCAAUGUACAAGGACAUGAACCGGUUAGAUGCAUUUUAUAGAGGGAUGUCAACAUGGGCAAGAUGGGUUGAUCUUAAUGUUGAUACUUCCAAAACCAAAGUCUUCUUCCAAGGGAUUUCUCCCACCCAUUAUGAGGGCAGGGAAUGGAAGCAACCAAAGAAUAACUGUAAUGGACAAGCAGAGCCACUCUCAGGUUCUACUUAUCCAGGUGGCGCUCCUCCAGCUGUUGCAGUAGUGAAAAAGGUGUUAAGUACAAUUAAGAAUCCUGUUUAUCUGCUAGACAUAACAACACUCUCACAAUUAAGAAAAGAUGCCCACCCUUCCACUUAUGGCGGUGAUGGCUCUGGCACAGACUGCAGCCAUUGGUGCCUUCCUGGAUUGCCUGAUACUUGGAAUCAACUCCUAUAUGCAGCUCUCAUCAUGUGAAAUGAAGGUCAUGAUUGAAAAAUCAGUUUAUUCUUUAUCUUUCCAUACCAUUGUUAAUAUAUAUGGAGGUGUAGAAAUUUCAGACUUUAGUCCUGUAGGUUGAUAAUAAGGGGGCACAAAUCAAUUGCAAAGUGAUUGAUUUUCUUCGUCAUAAUAAUUGCUCUGAAGUGAUGAACAGAUCAACAGAUAGGUGGGAAUGGGAAUCAGAUGGCUUCUUGUGAUGAUGCCAGGAAAGUAAAUACUCAGUGGGGACUAAACUUAAACUUAGGUUUAUUCAAUUAUCAUUGUAUUUGUAUUGAUAUUUGAUUAAACUUGACUGCAAUUGUAAUACUAUCACAUUCCAGUUCAAUGCAUAUUUCGCAGGUAUUUUGGUUCUUAAAA